UCCAUGGUGGCCAGUCUCUUCAAGAGCUCGAUUUUAGCUUAUCUACAUAAGCUUUGCAAAGGAAUGUUUACAAAGAAAUUGGGAAAUACAACCAAAAAGAAAGAGAAUCGUCAGCAGAAAAAAGAUCAAGAUUUUUCGACUGCUGGCCACACCAAACCCCCUAAAUUGUCUAAUGCCCUUAAAAGCACUGUAAAAAAGAUUGCAAAGUGCUCAUCCACUCGUAACUUCUCCAUAGAAGACGAGGAAGGCCAAAAGGACUUCUCCCUGUCACCCACAUUCAGUUACCGAGUUGCCAUCGCCAAUGGCCUGCAAACAGCUCUGACCAGCAGUGAUGAGGACCUGCCGCAGGAGCUGUCCUCCGCUGAGAGCUCCUACUCUGAAUCCUUCAAGGAGCUAAGGAGCAGCACCGAAAACCAGGCCCAGUCAACAUACACCAUGCCUGUCAGACGGAACAGGAAGAGCUCAAGCAGCUUGGCGCCCUCCGAGGGCAGCUCAGAUGGGGAGCGCACCCUCCACACCUUAAAACUGGGUGCUUUACGGAAACUGAGGAAAUGGAAGAAGAGCCAAGAGUGUGUCUCCUCAGACUCUGAGUUGAGCACCGUGAAGAAAACCUGGGGCAUACGAAGCAAAUCUUUAGACAGAACUGCCCGGAACCCAAAGACAAAUGUCUUGGAGCCAGGGUUCAGCUCCUCUGGGUGCAUUAGCCAAACCCAUGAUGUCAUGGAAAUGAUCUUUAAAGAGCUUCAGGGAAUCAGUCAGAUUGAAACCGAACUUUCCGAACUCCGAGGGCACGUGAAUGCUCUCAAGUACUCUAUCGAUGAAAUCUCCAGCAGCGUGGAGGUUGUCCAGAGUGAGAUCGAGCAGCUGCGCACGGGCUUUGUCCAGGCGCGGAGGGAAACUAGGGACAUCCACGAUUACAUUAAGCAUUUGGGUCAUAUGGGGAGUAAGGUGAGCCUGAGGUUUUUAAACGUGCCCGAAGAAAGAUUUGAAUAUGUUGAAAGUGUGGUGUACCAAAUUCUUGUAGAUAAAAUGGGUUUCUCAGAUGUACCGAAUGCUAUUAAAAUUGAAUUUGCCCAGAGGAUAGGACAGCAAAGGGAUUGCCCAAAUGCAAAGCCUCGGCCCAUCUUAGUGUACUUCGAAACCCCUCAGCAAAGGGAUUCUGUCUUAAAGAAAUCAUAUAAGCUCAAAGGCACGGGCAUUGGGAUCUCCACAGAUAUUCUGACUUAUGACGUCAGAGAAAGGAAAGAGAAAGGGGGCUUACCUUCUUCCCAGACAUACGAGAGCAUGGACAUGAAGUUAUCCAUGCCAGAGCCCAAAGCUAAGAAGAAUGCUUGGCUGUCACCCAACGACAGUGACAGAGAUCUAGAGUCUGACGCCAGCAGAAGCAGCUAUGCAGACUCUCCCGCAAAAGGAAGCACUUCUAAGUCCAGCUCAAAGUCACACAGUGCUCGUUCUAAGAACAAAGCGACUAACAACAGAACAUCACAUAAGUCAGACUCGGAUAAACGGCCCUCACAGCUGCCGGCCUCGAACACCGCUGAAAAGCAAACAGCCCAUUAUGUGGAAGCCACGCCACUCUGGCACUCACAGAGUGACUUUUUCACGCCUAAACUUAGUCGUUCUGAAUCAGAUUUUUCCAAACUGUGCCAGUCUUAUUCAGAGGAUUUUUCUGAAAGCCAGUUUUUCUGUAGAACUAAUGGGAGCUCCCUCCUUUCCUCUUCCGACCGGGAACUUUGGCAGAGGAAGCAGGAGGGCAUGCCUGCCUUGUACCACAGUCCUCAGGACCAGGGCUUGGACAGGAGGAUCCCAGCAGCGGAAGGGCAGAGUGAAAUUGAGAACACGGAAACAGUGGACAGUGGGAUGAGUAACAGCAUGGCAUGUGCAUCUGCAGACCGCAGCAAUUACAGCGGGUCCCAGCUGUCACUGCAUGAGGACCUGUCUCCGUGGAAGGAGUGGAAUCAAGGCGAACAAGCCACUGAUGUGGGUUUAGAUUCCUCCACUCAGGAAGCUUUUGACUACGACACCAACAGUUUGUCUGACCAACAGCUGGAUGGCUUCAGCAAAGACCUAGAUGACCUAGGAAAGUGUCAUAGUGACCUGCAAGAUGACUCGGAAAGCUAUGAUUUAACCCAGGACGACAACUCCUCUCCGUGCCCUGGGUUGGACAAUGAACCCCAAGGUCAGUGGAUUGGCCCAUACGAUUCUUAUGGAAAAUCCAAUUCAAAUGAGCCGUGCCCCAACCAAAGCCAGCCAUCUAUGAUGUACCGAAGCCAAAGUGAAUUGCAAAGUGAUGAUUCGGAGGGUGCCCCGCCCAAGUCCUGGCACAGUCGUUUAAGCAUUGACCUUUCUGAUAAGACUUUCAAGUUCCCCAAAUUUGGAUCUACACUUCAGAGAGCGAAGUCAGCCCUGGAAGUGGUGUGGAAUAAGAGCACACAGAGUCUCAGUGGGUGUGAGGACAGUGGCUCUUCCUUAAUGGGGAGAUUUCGGACACUAUCUCAAUCCACAGCAAAUGAGUCGAGUACCACCCUUGACUCUGAUAUCUACACAGAGCCCUAUUACUACAAAGCCGAGGAAGAGGAGGACUACAGUGAGCCAGUGGCAGACAGUGAGACGGAUUAUGUCGAAGUGAUGGAGCAAGUCCUAGCUAAACUAGAAAACAGGACUAGUGUCACUGAAGUAGAUGAACACAUGAAAGACUAUGACCACCCUUCCUAUGAAACUCCUUACGAGACCCCACAAGACGAGGGCUAUGACGGGCAGGCAGAUGAUAUCAUUAGUGAAGGAGAACUAGAAACCUUGAAUGAACCAGCAGUUGAAAUGGAAUUAGCGGAAGAUGAAAACCAAAACCUCCCUGUAGAGCCCCCGGAGGUCAUGAAGCCAAAGAGAAUCCGACCGUCUUUCAAAGAAGCAGCUCUAAGGGCCUAUAAGAAGCAGAUGGCAGAGUUGGAAGAGAAGAUCCUGGCUGGAGACAGCAGCUCUGUGGAUGAAAAGGCUCGCAUAGUAAGUGGCAAUGAUUUGGAUGCUUCCAAAUUCUCCGCACUCCAGGUGUUUGGUGGGGCUGGCCGUGGACUCUAUGGAAUAGAUAGCAUGCCUGAUCUCCGCAGGAAAAAGACAUUACCUAUUGUACGGGAUGUGGCCAUGACCCUGGCUGCCCGGAAAUCUGGUCUGUCACUUGCCAUGGUCAUCAGGACAUCACUGAACAAUGAGGAGCUGAAAAUGCAUGUCUUCAAGAAGACCUUGCAGGCGUUGAUCUACCCCAUUUCUUCUACCACCCCACACAACUUUGAGGUCUGGACCGCUACCACACCCACCUAUUGCUACGAGUGUGAAGGGCUGCUGUGGGGCAUCGCGAGGCAAGGCAUGAAGUGUCUGGAGUGCGGGGUUAAAUGUCACGAGAAGUGCCAGGACCUCCUCAACGCUGACUGUCUGCAGAGAGCAGCAGAGAAGAGCUCCAAACAUGGUGCUGAGGACAAGACCCUGACCAUCAUCACAGCCAUGAAGGAAAGGAUGAAGAUAAGGGAGAGAAAUAGGCCAGAGGUGUUUGAAGUCAUUCAGGAAAUGUUCCAGAUCUCCAAGGAGGAUUUUGCCCAGCACACCAAGGCUGCCAAGCAGAGCGUGCUGGAUGGGACCUCUAAAUGGUCAGCAAAAAUAACCAUUACAGUGGUUUCUGCACAAGGCUUGCAGGCAAAAGACAAAACCGGAUCCAGUGACCCUUACGUGACAGUCCAAGUUGGCAAAAAUAAAAGAAGAACAAAAACCAUCUUUGGAAACUUGAAUCCAGUGUGGGAUGAGCGGUUUUACUUUGAGUGCCAUAACUCGACAGAUCGAAUCAAGGUCCGAGUAUGGGAUGAAGAUGAUGACAUUAAAUCCAGAGUGAAGCAGCACUUCAAGAAGGAGUCGGAUGACUUUCUGGGGCAGACGAUCGUGGAAGUCAGGACUCUGAGCGGUGAGAUGGACGUCUGGUACAACUUAGAGAAACGGACGGAUAAGUCAGCUGUGUCCGGGGCCAUCCGACUGAAAAUCAACGUGGAAAUAAAGGGAGAGGAGAAGGUGGCACCAUACCACAUACAAUACACUUGCUUACAUGAGAACCUGUUCCAUUACUUGACUGAAGUGAAGUCUAAUGGCCGUGUGAAAAUACCAGAGGUCAAAGGCGAUGAAGCCUGGAAGGUAUUCUUUGAUGAUGCUUCUCAAGAAAUCGUGGAUGAGUUUGCCAUGCGUUAUGGGGUUGAAUCCAUUUAUCAAGCUAUGACGCACUUUUCAUGUCUGUCUUCUAAGUACAUGUGCCCGGGUGUCCCUGCGGUCAUGAGUGCCCUGCUGGCGAACAUCAACGCUUUCUAUGCUCACACAACUGUCUCCACUAAUGUGCAGGUUUCUGCCUCGGAUCGCUUCGCCGCUACGAACUUUGGGAGGGAAAAAUUCAUAAAACUGCUGGACCAGUUGCAUAACUCCUUAAGGAUCGACCUGUCAAAGUACAGGGAAAACUUUCCCGCCAGCAGCAGCGAGAGACUGCAGGACCUGAAGUCCACUGUGGACCUGCUGACCAGCAUCACCUUCUUUAGGAUGAAGGUUCUGGAGCUGCAGAGCCCACCGAAGGCCAGCGCGGUAGUGAAGGACUGUGUCAGGGCCUGCCUGGAUUCUACAUACAAGUACAUCUUCGACAAUUGCCACGAACUCUACUCUCAGCUAAUAGACCCGAGUAAGAAGCAGGAUGUCCCUCGGGAGGACCAGGGACCAACCACCAAGAACCUGGACUUCUGGCCACAGCUGAUUACACUGAUGGUCACUAUUAUUGAUGAGGAUAAAACUGCCUACACCCCUGUUCUCAAUCAGUUUCCUCAAGAACUAAACAUGGGAAAGAUAAGUGCAGAAAUCAUGUGGUCUCUCUUUGCUCUCGACAUGAAAUAUGCUCUAGAGGAACAUGAGAAGCAGCGGUUAUGCAAGAGCACCGAUUAUAUGAAUUUGCAUUUCAAAGUGAAAUGGUUUUAUAAUGAGUAUGUACGAGAACUUCCUGCCUUCAAGGAUGCUGUUCCAGAAUAUUCCUUGUGGUUUGAGCCUUUCGUCAUGCAGUGGCUAGAUGAAAAUGAAGAUGUGUCCAUGGAGUUCCUUCAUGGAGCACUGGGAAGAGACAAAAAAGACGGAUUCCAGCAGACAUCGGAACAUGCCCUCUUCUCCUGUUCAGUGGUUGAUGUCUUCGCUCAGCUUAACCAGAGCUUUGAGAUCAUUAAGAAACUGGAAUGCCCCAAUCCUGAAGCCUUGUCCCACUUAAUGCGAAGGUUUGCAAAGACCAUCAAUAAGGUUCUGGUCCAGUACGCAGCCAUUGUAUCUAGUGACUUCAGCUCAUACUGCGAUCAGGAGGCUGUGCCCUGCAUCUUGAUGAACAACAUCCAACAACUGCGGGUCCAGCUGGAAAAGAUGUUCGAAUCCAUGGGCGGGAAAGAGCUAGACCCUGAAGCCAGCACCAUUCUAAAAGAACUUCAAAUUAAACUCAACGGGGUUCUGGAUGAGCUCAGCGUCACCUAUGGAGAAAGUUUCCAACUUGUAAUUGAGGAGUGCAUAAAGCAGAUGGGUGUUGAGCUAAACCAAAUGAGAGCCAAUGGCACCAGCACAGCCAAUAAGAACAGUGCAGCGAUGGACGCGGAGAUCGUUCUGAGGCCGCUCAUGGACUUCUUGGACAAAACAUUAAGUCUUUCAGCAAAAAUCUGUGAGAAAACGGUCCUGAAGCGAGUUCUGAAGGAACUCUGGAAGCUAGUUCUUAACAAGAUAGAGAAACAGAUCGUCCUCCCUCCGCUGACAGACCAAACAGGACCUCAGAUGAUCUUCAUCGCAGCUAAAGAUCUCGGUCAGUUAUCCAAACUGAAGGAGCACAUGAUUCGAGAAGAUGCCAAGGGUCUGACGCCAAGACAAUGUGCGAUAAUGGAGGUGGUCUUGGCCACCAUCAAGCAAUACUUUCAUGCUGGAGGAAAUGGCCUGAAGAAGAAUUUUCUGGAGAAAAGCCCAGACCUCCAUUCCCUGAGAUAUGCUCUCAGCCUCUACACACAAACUACGGAUGCUUUGAUCAAGAAGUUCAUAGAGACGCAAAGCUCACAGAGCCGCUCCUCCAAAGAUUCUGUAGGUCAGAUCUCUGUCCAUGUGGAUGUUACCACCACCCCAGGGACUGGAGAGCAUAAAGUCACUGUAAAAGUGAUUGCUAUCAACGACCUAAACUGGCAGACCACGGCCAUGUUCCGCCCCUUUGUGGAAGUUUUCAUGCUGGGACCAAGCCUGGGGGACAAGAGGAGAAAACAAGGGACAAAGACAAAGAGCAACACAUGGUCACCGAAGUACAAUGAAACCUUCCAGUUCAUUCUGGGAAGUGAGAACCGUCCAGGAGCCUAUGAACUUCACCUCUCAGUUAAGGAUUACUGCUUCGCCCGGGAAGAUCGAAUAAUUGGGAUGACAGUCAUUCAGUUACAGAACAUCGCCGAGAAAGGGAGCUACGGAGCGUGGUACCCUCUUCUGAAAAACCUCUCUAUGGAUGAAACUGGCUUGACCAUCCUUAGAAUACUCUCUCAGAGGACCAGCGACGAUGUCGCUAAAGAGUUUGUGAGGCUUAAAUCUGAAACAAGGUCUACUGAAGAGAGUGCCUGA